GAUAGGACUUAGCUGGUCAGGCAUGGUCCCGCUAUGCGAGAUUACGCUGCACCUGGCUCUGUAGCUCUACACCCACUCCUUCUGUCUGUGUAGUUAACAGCCAACGGAUGAACUGUCAGGGGAAUCACACCGCUCCACUGAGGGUGUUGGUGACAGGAGGAUCCGGCUUGGUGGGCAGGGCCAUACAGCACGUGGUCAAAGAGGAGGGAGGAGCCAAGGAUGGGGAAGAAUGGAUGUUCCUCUCCUCCAAAGAUGCCAACCUCAUGAACAUGGAGGAGACGAGGGCCGCGUUUGAGAAGUAUCGGCCAACCCACGUCAUUCACCUGGCUGCUAUGGUUGGGGGGCUUUUCAAGAACAUGAAAUACAACCUGGACUUUUGGAGAAACAAUGUCUACAUCAAUGAUAACGUGCUGCAGGCCGCACAUGAAGUUGGCGUGCUCAAGGUCGUUUCCUGCCUGUCCACCUGCAUCUUUCCUGAUAAGACCACCUACCCUAUCGAUGAGACCAUGAUCCAUAACGGUCCACCUCAUGAGUCGAACUUUGGCUACGCCUAUGCGAAGAGAAUGAUCGAUGUACAUAACAGAGCAUAUUUCAAGCAGAAUGGGCGUUGCUAUACAGCUGUGAUUCCCACUAAUGUGUUUGGUCCCCAUGACAACUUCAGCAUUGAAGACGGUCAUGUACUGCCAGGCCUCAUACACAAAGCGUACAUUGCUCAAAAGGAGGGGAACCCCCUGGUGGUCUGGGGCUCCGGCACUCCCAGACGACAGUUCAUCUACUCUUUGGACCUGGCUCGUCUCUUCCUGUGGGUCUUGAGAGAGUAUCCAGAGGUCGAUCCAAUCAUUCUCUCUGUCGGUGAGGAGGAUGAAGUGUCCAUCAGAGAAGCAGCAGAAGCAGUUGUGCAAGCACUGGACUUUAAAGGAGAAGUGGUGUUUGAUACCAGUAAAGCAGACGGCCAGUUCAAAAAGACAGCCAGCAAUGCAAAGUUGCGCCGCUACCAGCCAGACUUCACCUUCACACCCUUCAAACAAGCUUUAAAGGAAACCUGUGAUUGGUUUGUUGCCAACUAUGAAUCAGCCCGGAAGUGAAAACUAUUGCAAACAAGUUGGUAUAAAAAGUCUGUCGAUCCAUGGCCUGCUCUGUUGGAAUAGAAGCUGAAUAGAGGAGACUGUGAUGGCGGCGGUGGAGAGGGCUGGAAGAAACCAAGGUGGUUCAUCUGCAAAGGUAGUCUGAUGUUACUGAAUGAGGCUUUUGUCAGUUUGAAGGUGUCGCUCAAUGAUUUGGACUGAAUAUCUCACUUUGAAUUCAACGCUGCAACACCAUCUUGACUUGAUUCUCUUUAGGGUUUAUGAAGCUAUUGUCUACCUGUAUUUUUUUUCCCCCCACUAUUGCAGUGUUAAUCAUUUGAAUUGUUAAUUGACUGCUUUAACCUUGGAAUCAGGUACUGGCACAAAUCCAUAUUUACAGUAAUGUUUAUAUAUAAUUUUUUUUCUGCAUUUUCAUCACUGAAUUACCUUAAUUCUUUCAUGGUUUGGGAUAUGGACGCUUAAGUGAUCUAGCUUUGAGUCACUGUAUUUAAUGAACAGAAAGAAGGUUUUGAUGCAAAUGCUGUUUAAGUGGAGGCUUAGAUGUUAUUUUUACUCUGUAUAUUGGCACUUAGCAAAAUAAAUGUUUUGUACCAAUAUGUCUUGCCUGAAUCUUUAGGGGCUAUGCCAAAGGCUGUGAUAUCCAAUAUGAUUAUUUUUAGGUUUUCAUAUGGAAAUUAAAUGUAAAACAGCGACUGAAUUCAGCUUUUUGGACUAUGACUAUUGCUCUGUUUGAAUAGACAUACAGACGUAUUCAAAAGCAAAGAAAUAAUUUAUUAACUUAAAAAAUGAACAGCAAGCAGAUCAUACAAUGACAUCACAAUAACAGUUGAUUCGUUUUUUGAAGAGAAGGCCCUCUAGCAACGUUUAUGCACAGACAGAUUCAUAGAUAAGUUAAAAACAGCAAUAAAAAUAUAUUCAAAACAUCUGUAC